UGGAAUUGUCAUUUUUGCUUUAGUAAGGUUACGUUCGCCAAUGGUAAUUUUCCCAUCUAGUGCAGUUUCACAGCCUUCAGUCAUUUCGUCCUUUUGAAAGUGGGUAACAUUAUUACCCACUUUAAAAGUAGGAAUUUCGCCGAGGAAUGGAAAAUCCCAAUAUUCGAAAUAGUAAAAUUACCAAAUAUUGUAUUUUCCAUUUUGGACCCUGUAUUAUUUCUGCAUUUAAUAUAGUAUUUGUGCCAUGGAUUCUUAAAAGUAAAAUUCCUAUCUUUGGGAAAAUUCUGUUUGGACUUUUUACAGUGUGUAAAAUCCAAAACGAAAAUAUUGAUGGGCAUUCAUAACCUCUAAAUAAAAUGACAGAAGCUAGUUUUUAAAUUAUAAAUAAUUAUGUCAAAACGCUGGGGCAGCAACUAUGUUGUCACUGAACAUCGUGAUUUACAGGCUAAUACCAUGGCAGUUGAUGCCACUGGUAACCAUGUUUUAUUGGCAGGUCGACGUUGUUUUGCGGUAAAACAGCUAGACGAUGUAUCGGAUACAUUAAAAAAAUUCAAUAGACAAAGCAAAUAUGAAGUUGGUUCUGCUGAAUGGAAUCCAACUGCUUCAAAUUGUCAUCUUUGUGCAAUAUCAAGUAAUACACGAGUGGAAAUACUGUCGUUUACGGGAGGAGCAGGAUAUGAUUUACAAACGGUUCACAGUUUACGAGCACAUACACGGGUAGUUAGUGAUUUAAAUUGGCAUCCUUCAGAACCAGAACUUUUAGCUUCAUGCAGUAUUGACACAUUUAUACACAUUUGGGACAUACGUGAUCAGAGAAAACCGAGUCAAUCUCUUUCAGCAGUUGCCGGAGCUUCUCAAGUGCAAUGGAAUAUAUUGUCUCCUCAUAUGUUGGCAACUGCACACGAUGGAGAUGUUAAAAUAUGGGAUCAAAGAAAAGGAAAUAGUCCAGUACAAUAUAUAGCAGCUCACUUGACAAAAAUUCACGGCUUAGAUUGGUGUCCUUUUCAACAAAAUCAAUUGGCAACAUCGAGUCAGGAUUGUACAGUAAAAAUAUUCGAUAUAGGAAAUCCACGAAGAGCCGAAAGUGUUCUUACAACUAAUUCUCCAGUAUGGAGAGCGAGAUACACGCCCUUUGGAGAAGGUCUUGUCACAAUUGUCGUGCCGCAAUUGCGACGAGGAGAAAAUAGUCUUCUAUUGUGGAAUACAGCGAAUCUCAGUUCUCCAAUUUAUACAUUCGUUGGACAUACGGAUGUUGUUUUAGAAUUUCAAUGGAGGCAACAAAAGUCUGAAAAUAGUGAUUAUGAAUUGAUUACGUGGUCGAAGGAUCAGUGCUUGAGGAUAUUUAAAAUUGAUCCACUAUUGAAAAAGUUAUGCGGGCAUGACAUAGAAGAUGGAACUUCAGUUUUUACUCAGUAUUCAGAAGACAGUAAUUUAAGAUCACUACAAACAGUUCAACAACUUCAGCUUCAUGAAUCUCAAAAUGAAUCAGAUUUAAAUUAUGUGACAAAAAUUGAUGGUUCAACGGUAAAUCAUGAUUUAAAUGUAUCCGAGCAGGAUAAAGAAGUGCCUUCUCCAACGCAACCAAAAACAUUACAGCAAGAAUUUUCUCUUAUAAAUAUAAAUAUACCAAAUAUAGAGGUAAAUGAAAUGGAUGCUGUGGAAAGAAGCUGUACAGUUACUGCGUGUAACAAAAAUUAUAAUGUGAUAUUAAAAGUAAAUUUUCCGGGUAAUUAUCCAUACAGUGCGCAGCCAACUUUUCAAUUUUGUUCUGGAACGACAGUUGAUAAUACGAUAAAAGUGAAAUUAUUAAAAGUAUUGAAACAAACUGCUCAGCAGCGUGUUAGAAAAAAUCGUUCUUGUCUAGAGCCAUGUUUGCGACAACUUAUUGCUACUUUAGAUCAGAUGUGUAUUAAAGAUGAACCAGAAAAUAAUCAUUUAAAAUAUCAUAUGCAACAUAAUGCAAAUUUUUUGAACUCGAGCAAUAUUUGCGCUAAUUAUCAGGAUGCAUACAUUCCAUUUCCAAGAACAUCGGGUGCAAAAUUUUCCUGCGUUGGGAUUCUUGUUUGUUUUGGAAGAUCCCAUUAUGCAAGAAGAAGUUCCAUGAAACCAGAAGGUGCAACGCCUAGAGCAUUAGCUGCUUUAGGUUCGAGUGUUCAUAAUAAUGGAAAUUUCAUGCAAAUUUAUCCAACUUCCUAUGGCCAGUCUAAUGAUAAUAUUUCAAUUAGUUCCUAUUAUUUUCAUGAUCGUAAUAUUUCAAGACGAGGCUUGCAAAAUUCCAGUAAAUUUCAAAGUAAACUUUGUCACAAAAAUUAUCAUUCAAUGGUGACAAUUUAUGAUGCUUCUUCAUUGUUCUUUGUCAAUAAAGAACUUGCCGAGAAAUAUAUAAUAAAUACCACAGAUAUAUCUGCAAUGUGUCAUUAUAAUGCAAAUGUAGCUGCGUCUUUGGAAAGGCCGGAUUUGGUGCAAGCUUGGUAUUUAGCGGCUUUGGUUAUAUCUCAACCUACGACACAUUCUACUCCAAGUACAUCUCAACCUUCGGAUAUAGAAGUAACGUGGCCUUUACAUCCAUUUGGUCAAAAUUUAAUUCACUCCCUAAUUCAACAUUAUGCUCGACAAUCUGAUAUUCAGAUGGCCGGUAUGUUGAGUUGUGCAUUUAGUUAUCGAUCUGAAAAUGCAGAUUUAAAUCAGGGACGAAUGAUAAGCAAAUCUGUAAACGUCAGUUUUUUCACGGGAAAGCGGUGGUCGAAGCCUGGUGGAUCUCCAUAUCACACUAUACAUCCUGCAGAUACAAGUCUGGAAGGAUGGAAUUUUCAAAAUCUUAAACAAAACAGAUCGAACUCCUGGUCAGAGACUUUAGAUGAUCUCAAAGUUAUUCAAGAUGCAUUUGGGGAAUGCGGUCGUAAUGUUAGACUGAUUGAUGAAAAAAAUAUGGCUCUCUAUGAUGGAUAUAAAAAAGCUUACGCAGAAGUGUUGCACAGAUGGAAACUUUUGGAUGCACGAGCUCAAGUAUUGAAGCACGUUAGCACAUCUCAAACGGAUAUAAACAAAAGUAUUGAAUAUCAAAGUGAAUGCUCGUCCUGUGGAAAGACAGGUAAAGGUCCGCAAUGCAGUAAUUGCAAACGUUUGACUUUCCAAUGUGCCAUUUGUCACAUUUCUGUCAGAGGACCUAGCAAUUUUUGUAUAGUUUGUGGCCACGGUGGUCACACACAACAUUUGGCUGCUUGGUUUACAAACGAGACAUUAUGUCCAACUGGAUGUGGCUGUUGUUGUUUACAGGAAAGUAUUAUUCUCCUAAAAAUGUAAAUACAUGUUGGGGGAAAUUAAUUAAGUUUCUUUUUUUUACUGUAAAUAUAUUACAGCUUUGUUGAAAAUCAAAUAUAAAAAUUUGUUUAUUUUU